CUGGGUCUGUUGGUGUCAUGAUUGCAUAUGUUUCAUUCACAGCUGAGCAUUGAGUCAUUACAAAACAAUGACACGUCAUUCCACUUUCUACAACGCAUUUUCCAAUCAAAUGCAACAAUGAGCUGGUAUGAGCCACGUUUACACAAGAAUGCUUUAGACCAGGGGCUGGAACUUAUGAUGAUGAACAAUUACAACGCCAGUCAUCCCAGUGCCAAUUUGGGUGAUGUUGACAAUAAAAAUAAUCAUACACAACACAUCCAUGGUCCAUUAGGACAGCAGACCUUGAUAGUGAAGGCCAAUGGCAGACAACAGGCCCUGUCACUUAUUGCCACAUCUUUACCAUCCUCAGCAGCUGUUCAAAAUGGAGGGUCAAUGGGUUCAGAUAAUGCUACAGCACCAGUCAUUUUUGAUGUAGACCUGUCACCAUCACUUGCUGAACACCCUGCAGUCUUUCAGGACCAGUACCAUGAUAAUGCAGAUGAGGACAUGCAAGUGCUGGAUGAGGCAUUUUCAGCUGCUUAUCCAAAUGCUGUGUUUUUGUUGGUGGGGAAACCUGGGAAACAAGCCCCUUAUUCAUUUUCUGCAUACAAUGUGGACUGGUAUGAUGGAGAGGAAGAUGCAGACCAUUACCAUUCAAUCCAGCGGAGGUAUGCAAAGAAGGAGCGUAAAAAGCACAUCCUUCUUGAUGGAAGCUGUGUGGACAUUGUGGGUGAUGAUGUGAGCAUUACUACAAACGAGGGCCUGACGACCCAGCUGCCGACCCAGCGACGGCCAGCUGAGCGUGGUGAGUCUUGCGACACUGGGACAGCUGUGGCCCAAAAUGAGACUGCUGCUGUCCCUAUUACAACUGGUGCCACGUUUCGGCUUGUGAGUGCUGCCCAUGCACCAUUCCAGGACAUUGCUUUCUCGUUAUUUGCAUCUGAUGAGACAAGUUGGAAACUCGACAAUUUCACGUUGUCGUACAAAAUGCUGAGUUCAUCAGACAACGUAAACAACAACGAUGAACAGACAGUGACGAAAAUUAUGAAAUCUACAGGCGUUCCGAUCUCAGGCUUGAUUGGACAAGCAUUUCGCCAGGAAGACGUCGUCACUUUUGAGUCACAAGAUAAGGCCGUGUCGGUCGAGUUUGCAGCACUGCAGGCGAGUCCCUCCAACGCCAUCCGCAUAAUCCCGGGAACAGACGAUGGGCCGUACUUUUCCAUUCCUGUGCUGAUGUCGCUCCUCGCAACAAGUCUCGUCCUUGUACCAGCAAUAUGGGCAAUGGGCUUCAUUAUGAACAUUGAGCCAAUGGACAAGCUUCAUAACCCUAAGGGAUAUAGAAGCAGACAGAGCAGCUAUCACGCGUAUCAUGGACCAUAUUCGAGUUUAGAAACAUCGGAGAGCUUUGAGCACGCUGCUGACCAACACAUUCUUUGA